GGAACGUCAAUAGGUUUACGGCUAGAUUAUUUCGUAAAUUAAUUACUAUAAUUUAACUAGUUUUUCUAUUUAUAAGCAAAAUUGUGAGUGAAAAUGUCUUUCCUAACUGAAUAUUUCGAUGAGUACCGCGCGAAACCUAUCAGAAAGACUAAAAUGUGUCGGCCAGAGCUGCGAUGGGCGAAGCUCGAAGGCAAAUGGUUGGAUCCUAAAAAGGGUGGAUCUGAAGAGAGAGUGUGGAGUGAUGAAGAAAUCGAAGCUUUCAUUAAGAAGACAAUGAAGAGUCUUCGAGGACGAUCUACGUAUUUCAACGAGUACUGCGGACAUCUCGACCCAGCCAUCGCCACUCGCCCGUUCAUCCCCCGCGUAAAGAAGCUGCCCCUCUGCAGCGAGCUUGAAAAGGGCAAGGUGGAGGAAGUGGCCCCCCCUCCGCCGGCGCCCAAGCUGGCCCUCAAGGACACGGAGGUCAUGAAGAUGGCCAAGGAGCUGUAUGAACAGGACAUGGACAAGCCCACCCUGGAGCCACUGCAGACGCAUUUGAGAAUAUACGGCUACGUGCGCCCCUGUCUCUGGAAGACGGGCAUCAGCGACUACCAGGGCGGUGUAGCGCGACUGGCGUAUGAGAUGGUGCGCGACAACCGGCUGCCCCGCUACCACAAGCACAACGGCUGCCGGCCGCGCUGGGGGCUGCCGCCGGAGGGCACGCGGCAGCCUGAGCUCGACGGGGCGCCGUUUGACGGCGAAGACUGUAUUAGGGAAAAUGGAAUUAAGAAUGAUGGUAUUUUCGGAAUAAACUGUACUGGAUACUGA